UCCACCACCCCACCCCCGCCCUCGCCCUCACCAGCACCACCAUCGCCCCUACCGCCCCCAACGCCCCCCCCCUUCGAAACUCUAAUUACUCCUGAUCUGUUUAAAGGCAUACUCCCGCAUAAGGAUAGUGAACUUUGCCCCGCACGUGGCUUCUAUACAUACGAGGCUUUCCUCACUGCUGCGAAGGUGUUUCCUGCCUUUGGGAACACUGGCAACGAAACAAUCCGGAGGAGAGAGAUCGCUGCUUUUCUCGCUCAGACCUCCCAUGAGACCGAACCCCAAGAUGUGCCUCCUGUAGACCCUUACGCUUGGGGAUACUGUAUUGCCAAUCAGACUCAACCUCCCCCUCAUUGCCACUACUGUAAGGAAUGUAGUGAAGAGUGGACUUGCUUUCCUGACAAGAAAUACUACGGCCGUGGACCCAUCCAACUCAAAUACAACUGUAACUAUGGUCCGGCGGGGAAAGCAUUAGGAUUUAAAGGCUUGGAAGACCCAGACAUUGUUGCCAAAGAUUGUAUAAUUUCUUUCAAGACCGCAUUCUGGUUUUGGAUGAAUGCACAACCACCGAUACCCUCGCCACACGCUGUGAUCACCGAUCAGUGGGAGCCCUCAGAAGACGACAUCCAGGCGGGUCGGGUCCCUGGCUAUGGUGUCAUCACGAAUAUCAUCAAUGGCGGCUCGGAAUGUAACCAUAUUGAUUUACGUUCGGAUUCUAGAAUUGCAUACUACGGACGCGCUUGUGCUUUCAUGCGUGUAGAUCCCGGUUACAACCGAGAUUGCAAAACGCAAGAACCCUUUCUUCCCGCCAAAACCACACGUGACAGCUACAACGAGAGGCGCUUUAUAAUUUAGAUGACGGACCGCACCCGUUUAUGGUCGGUCCUGUGUUUCAAAUGAAAAACUAGGAGCAUGGAAAUAAAGCCUUUUUAUCGGCUCUUAUUAUUUGAAUAUAUGUAAAUUUCUAGUACCAAAACAGGCAUGGUGGUUUUAGUAAAUUGAUAAUGGAUAUACUAUAAAUUUUGGUGUUGUAGUUUUGAGCUGUUC